AAAAAUUGACAGCACUUAAAUAACACAUUCCGCCAGUGCUAACCUUAGUUGGAUGUGAACAGCCAUGAAGGUUGUAUUGAUAGCACUAGCACUGGUGACGAUCUGCCAGUUGGUGGCAUCUCGCUCAGCCGCUAGCAAAGAUGAGUGCAGUAACAAGGAGAUCUUUCUGAGCUGUGGUCCAUGCUGCGAGGAUACUUGCUCGAACAAGUGCACCAGCCGGUGUAUGCAGUGCAUUCCGGGAUGCUACUGCCGGCCGGGAUACACCCGUAAUCAGGAGCUGGGAGCUUGCACUAGAUGGCACAAGUGUCCGAAGUAGUAGAUUUUCGCACUUUUUUGCAGCAGUAGGACAUGGAUGCGGAUCAUACUGGUACGCGUGUCGAAGUGAUGUGCGGCAGGUGUUGAAUUAUUGUACGACAAUAUUUUAGGUGAAAUAAAGACAUCCGAUGAGUGGGAUUUUUCGCUGUAU